CAAAAUCAUGUGUUCCUCCAUUCCAUUUUAGACACUGGAAGUUGUUAACGCAGUGAUGCCCACUUCAGGAAUCGGCAAUCUUCAGUUCCUUCCCAUUGUUCUUGGUGGUUUUGCUGUGAUUGCCUUCAUCACUGCCUAUGCCAUUGCUGUUCACAGUAAAGAUGUAGAUGCUCUUUGGCCAUAUAUUAGUGAUGCAGGAGCUAGGCCACCACAGAGCUGCAUAUUUGGACAGUUUCUCAAUAUGGCAGCUGUCAUUGCCUUUAUUGUAAUGUAUAUUCACUACAAGCAUGUGAGGGAAUUUAAUGUCACUGACAUGCCGAUAAUAUUAAAACUGAACUACUGGUCAUUGUGGAUUGGUGCAUUCACAUGCCUGGGUCUUUCCAUUGUGGCUAAUUUUCAAGUGGUGAACUCUUUUGCGACACACAUGACAGGGGCCAUUAUGGUGUUUGGUUUAGGCAUGGUAUACUGCUGGAUUCAGGCCAUCAUUUCCCACAAAAUGAGGCAUCAAGCUAUGAGCUCAGCUCUUAGUUCUUGCACAAGAUUUAUUCUCUCAGGACUUGUUACCGUGUUUUUCAUUAUAACCCUAGCAGCUGGAAAUGCAAGUGUGGUGGAAUACAAUAAAAAUAAACCAGACAAUGAACAUAGUUACGAUCGCAAGUGGGAAAGUUCAGAUGCUGGAUACAAUGCCCAUCUGGCAAGUACUUUCAGCGAGUGGCUAAUGAGCAUAUGUUUCCUGCUGUACUUCUUGACCUUCUUCAGAGAGUUCCAAAAGAUAACUGUGCAUGUCAAGAUUCAUCCAAGGAAUGCAGAGAUUUUUUCUCCAGGACACCAUGAUGAAGCUAGAAUAGUGAUGUAGAGGUUACCCGUUGUACAAAAUGGAAUCUCAGUCAUUGUGUCUUGGUGUCAUUUGUUGUUAUAACUUAGCUAGUAAACCAUAUGGAGUUAUUUAAUAAAAUAGAAAACAUUUUCCGUGUUUCUAUCAAGUUGUGAAUUUACACAAGUGCAAGUUUUGGAGAAUGAGAGAUAACGAGGAGCCAUUAUUUCCUUUAGAAAACACUGUAUUGAAAGGAAAGGAAAACGUACUUUUUUCUUUCAGUUACAGUUCUGUUUCUAUCAAGUUAUGAAUUCUUUUUUUUCAGGGUGCUGUUACAGGACAUAGAUAUUAUAGCAUAGGUUUAACAGUAAUGCGAUUUCCUUAAAAAUUCAAAUUAUUUGUCCUGUAAGUCCUUGAAAAGCACUUGAAUUUUUGGUCCAAAAAAGGGUUAGAAAUCCUUUCUAAGUGGAGGUGAUCGGUAACCAGUUUUAUUUGUCAUAUCAAAUUAGAAAGAUUAUGAAAGUGACAAACAGAAUAUAAUAAAUAUUUUCCGCUCAAAUCUUCAGUUUUGGCCUAAUAUUAAUCAGGGUCCCACAGGGUUUUGUAGCUGCGCGAGGGUGCUAAGUUCCUUGCCCCCGAGUGGGGGAUAGUGCCGGUGAUCAAUGCUCGCCAUCUGCGCGAGGGUACUGGCCUUAAAAAUUCAGGCCCCUAGAGAAGAUAGAUAUGCAGGAGUCCAAGAGCUCACGCCCUUAUGAUUUUUGUGCGUGCCGAGGGAGAAACGCCUCAAGUGGGCCUUGAACUCAAGAGAUCUAUACUCAUUAGGACCAACUAGGACUAAACUGGGACCGACUAGUCGAAUGGACGCUGACCAUAUUUAAGUUCCUUGAGUUUGCUAGUGUUGUAGCGAAUAAAAUAUGGUAAAGUGAAA